AUUUCGAACAUGGCUGUGGUGGAGUGUGAAUUAAAGAACGAUAGUUCGACCGAUUUGUCGGAAACACCAGUGCCUUUAAAUGAAACGGUUAAAACGAUCGAAAAACAUGAAACAUCGGGAAUAUCUUUACAAUCAUCCUGGACAUUUUGGUUAGACAAAGCUAUUUCUGGCACAACUGUCGAAGAAUAUAAAGAAAAUUUAACGAAGAUUUAUACUGUGAACACUGUACAAAGCUUUUGGGCUGUUUUCAACAAUAUACCAAAUGCUAGUGAUGUACAAGUCAGAUUUAGUUACCAUUUGAUGAGAGAUGAAAGAUAUCCAUUAUGGGAAGAACCCGUUAAUCAGCAUGGUGGGACGUGGAGAUUAAAAUGUCAAAAAUCUGAUACUGAAAAAAUAUGGAAAGAAAUGGUGCUUGCAGCCAUUGGAGAACAAUUUGCUGAAUGUGUUGCAGAAGGUGAUGAAAUUUGUGGAAUAACUGUAUCUAUUAGAGAGCGAGAGGAUCUUAUUCAAAUAUGGAAUACAAAUGCUACUUUAGCCCCAAAAGCUACGGUUCUAAAUAAGGUUCAUUCUCUCUUACCCGAUGUAAACUUCUCUGAAUUUUAUAAACCACAUCAAUCACACCAUGCUUAUGGCCGUCGUUAAAAGAGUGUUGGUGUUAUCAAUGUGUUAAUUAAUUUAUAAAUAUAAAUUUACAGAUAAAAAUGUAAUUACAAAAAUGAAAAUGCAUCAUAUAAUUGUACAAGAAAAUUUCUAUAAAUUUGUAGUUAAAGAAUCUAUAUAAAUUUUUUAUUUUUUGAUACUAAAUUAUGUAUUA